CUUUUUUCUCCCAUUCUCUAGCUGUAGAAAUGGCUAAUGUUCCCGCUGUUAAUGAUGAGUCGCUGACGCCAGACGAUACCGUGGACGUAUUGGAGGAGCUACUGCCAGCUCAGAACAAGUCCUACGAGCUGGGGCUCAAAUUUAAACUGCCCCAGCAUGUCGUGGAGGCGAUCCACUCCAAGGAAUUGCCGCCCGACAAAUAUCUGCUCAAGGUUAUAAUCAAGUUCCUACAGCAAGCGGAGCCCAGGCCGACAUGGAGGGUCAUUGUGGAAGCUCUGAGGAGUCCUGCAGUCAACGUACCAACGCUAGCUAGAAGAGUUGAAGCAUCUCAUUUCCCUGACCCUCCUACCUCAACAUGUGACGUGGUACCUGAGACUACUGACACAGAGUCAGCAGCCACCACUUUUACUGGUGAUGAUGAUGAGGUCAAUUCAAAGGCAUCCUCUCAACUGAGCCUUGUACCUGGUGCACUAAAUACUGAUCCAAAGCAGGGUCAACUGAAGGAACUUCAUGGUGCAGUUAAACAAGUUCAGGCUAGCAUUGAUGCACUUGAAAGAAUGUUUGAUAAACUAAAGAGAAAAACUAUAGAGCUACUUGAAGUCAGUCGUGUCGAAGUCAAAAAUGUAGUUUAUGAGCUUAGCACUUUGCCUGCAAAUGAAAUUGGUCAGCACAAAAUGUUCCUGAAAGAGAAUUUGGAUAAGCUUAGAGAGAGUAAAGAUAAUAUGGCAUUGUUUGGUGACCUCAAUCUCUACUGGACAUACCUCUCCCCUGAUCUCCUGAAACACCUCGUCAUCAAGCUUCCACAUCUUGAGGGAAUGAAAGGGGAUAUCGAAGCGUACAUGAUAAGACUUCAUGAGUUUAGAACACAGACGCCGCUUGAUCUGUUUUGCCAGACCGACAAAAAGCACUCUGACCCACCAGAAGGAUUUGCCAGUAUCGUUGCGAGAUUUAAAGAAGUGAAACCAAAGUUGGCAUCGGAAAAGUUAACUCUGCAGGAUAUAGAAGAUUUCCGACAGAAAUAUGGAAAUCACUAUAAACUUCGCGACUUUGCUUUCCUGCUACGAAAUGAGGUUCAAAAAGAUUCCUUUGUUGUUACCUUCUGGGUGCCAGAAUCAGUCAUCGAACUGCUACUGCAAAACAGCAAUAUCCCUCAAGCAAUGUUCAUAGAGUAUGGAGUCACCCAACUACACAUAGGGCAAGUAAUCGUUUUCAAUGAUAACAGUUCUAAUGAUAAGUCAAUGGUACAACAGAUAACAACAAUAGAUGAUAAUUGUUCUAUGGAGGCUGAUGUUGUUAAGCAUGCCUCUCAGCUCUCGUACUCCGAAGAAAAGUUGGUUCCAAAGUCCAGCGAAGGCAGAAAUAAUGACAGAGGUGGAUAUGGUUGCACCUUUGUCACACAACCUCCCGAUGCUUUUCAAACUGACUGUCCCGUGUGCCUUCAAAUCCUGAAGGAACCGUGUAUGAUUAGUUGCCCUUGUGGAAAGAAGAUUUGUCGCCAGUGCGUUGAGCAAAUCAAGAGAGAUAACAAGCCGUGUCCAUUUUGCAACAAAAGUGAGUUUACGUUCUUGCGAGACUACGGACUAGAGAGGUCUCCGAGAGAGCAGGAGGUGUGGUGCUCAAAGAAAAAGGACGGCUGUGAAUGGAGGGGAAAACUAGGAGAAUACGAACAGCACUUGAACGAAGAUUCAUCUCCAGAGAACCAGCUGACUGGGUGUCGGUUUGUGGAGGUAGAGUGUGAGCAUAACUGUGGGGGGUGGUUCCAGCGUUUCCACAUAGCCACCCACCAAAACAAACAGUGCGUGAAACGACCUUACUCCUGUGAAUACUGCCAGGAGUAUGAUUCCACUUAUGAGGACGUGACUGAAAAUCACUACUGGCAGUGUCAUCAAUUCCCAGUCACCUGCCCAAAUAAAUGCCAGCAGGAAACCUUCAAGCAGAAAGACAUUGAAGACCAUUUAAAAAACAAAUGUCCCCUCACAGAAGUUAGUUGCUGCUAUGUAUAUGCUGGAUGUGAGGUGAGACUGCCUCGCAAAGACAUGCCUGGGCACAUGGAAGACACUUUCGCUCAUAUGUCACUACUAGAGAAUGAAAUUAAGAAGCUUAAAAAGCACAAUAAACAACUUGAAGGCAAACAAAAAGCUACAUGCAAGAAGUAUCAAAAGCAUGAACACAAAGCAAGAGAGGAAUAUCAAGGGCUAUCUGAAGCUUUAGAUUCGCAGGUUGUAACAGAGAAGCUAUAUCAACAGCUCGAACUGAAGCAGAAAGCAACGGAAAAGCAGUGUCAAGAGCUUAAAAAUAAGUUAAAAGUUGCAGAGGACAAAACUAAGGAUCUCAAAGAUGAACUAAAAAGAAACUUGGGGGAACUCCCAAUUGUUUUUCCUGUAAACAAGGAAAAGAUGUUAUUGCCUUCCUUUUGGUACUGUGGUUACCGGAUGUGUAUCAAUGUGUACACAAAAGGGCAUGGAUGUGGAAAAGGAACUCAUGUGUCAAUCUACACACACCUGAUGAAGGGUCAGUUUGACGACCACCUCAAAUGGCCAUUCAGAGGAGAAAUAACAAUCCAGAUAGUCAACCAGGCUGGUGGCCACGGGCAUUUCGAAAAGUCAAUCGUCUACAAUGACAAGACACCAGACAACACUGCCAGCAGAGUUACUGAGAAGGAGAGGGCUAAUGGAUGGGGUCAUCAUCAAUUCCUACCGCAAACCGAUCUGAAGUACAAUGCUGAAAACAACACCCAAUACUUGAAAGAUGGCAUCAUCAUAAUCAGACUUGUUAGGGUUAAAAUUACCCAGUAAUUUUUUUGUAUCUCUGAUCAUCCAGGCCAUCCUUUUCCGUACUAUACAUUAGUUGUACCUACGCCUGCAUACUAACACAUCA